UCUGGAGUGCUAGGUCUGGCUGGGAGCCUGCUACGUAAGCAGCCCAGCAGCACCCUAGGUUUUGGGUUGUGACCUGAGGCAGGGCUGCAGGAACCCUGGCCAAGUCUCUGGACCACAAGUCGGUGGUGGUGGUGGUGGUGGCGGCAAACUGGAUCUGGGAGUUUCGAAGGCUGGAUCCACCAUGCAGGCCACAUUUUGUCCUCCCAAUCUAGAUAAGGCUUGCAGUGCACAGAGGAUAAAGCACCCUCUGAGUGGCAUUCAGGAGUGCAGAAGGCAGGAAGCCUGCCCGAGGCUCUUUUUGGUCUGCAAGCAGUAGUGGUAGCAGGUAACUGAGGAGCUUGGGAUCAUUGGUUAACCUUCACAGCUGCACACAGACUCCAGGUCCUGCACCUGACAAUCGGCCCAGCCGGACUUCAAAACAAAGGUGCCUUGGGCCCGGCGUCCCGCUGACCAGAACCUGUGUACAUACUGUACAGUGUUUUUUGCACCCUGCAACAAUGCCUCCAAAACACAAAUCUGAUGCAAGUGCUGGUGAGACAGCAAAGAAAAGAAAAACCAUCACCAUGGAAGAAAAAGUAGAAAUAAUAAAGAGAUCAGAGAGAGGUGAAAAACCAUCAUCCAUUGGCAGAGCAUGUGGUUACAGUCGGUCAACAAUCGCAACAAUUUUAAAAGAUAAAGAUAGAGUAAUGGAGCAUGUGAAAGGCCAUACCCCAAUGAAUGCUACGAUUAUUACCAAGCAACGCAGUGGUUUAAUUAUCGAGAUGGAAAGGCUGCUGACAAUUUGGAUAGAAGACCAAAAUCAGCGUAAUCUACCUAUCAGUCUUUCUUUAGUGCAGGAAAAGGCUCGAAGCCUUUUCAAUGAUUUAAAAGCUACUCGUACAGCAAGUAAAGGUGAUUGCAAUGAAGAAUUUGUUGCAAGUAAGGGUUGGUUCAAUCGCUUUAAAAAAAGAACAAAUUUGCAUAAUAUUAAAGUUCAAGGUGAAGCAGCGAGUGCCGAUGUCAGUGCUGCAAGUUCUUUUCCCAAGAUAUUGGAAGAUAUUAUUGACGAUGGAGGCUAUUUGCCAGAACAAAUCUUUAAUGUAGACGAAACUGGCUUGUUUUGGAAAAAAAUGCCUGAGAGGACAUACAUUUCGAAAGAGGAAAAAAGUGCACCAGGACAUAAGGCAUCAAAGGACAGGCUGACUUUAUUACUUGGGGGUAAUGCAUCUGGGGAUUUAAAGCUGAAACCUUUGCUAGUGCAUCGCUCCCUAAAUCUGAGGGCACUACGCAAUGUCACUAAGGCAUCUCUUCCUGUUAUCUGGAGGGCAAAUUCAAAGGCUUGGAUUACACUUGCUAUGUUUGAAGAAUGGUUUUCGAACCAUUUUGUCCCUGCUGUUGAACGUUAUUGCUUGGGCAAAAACAUUCCUUUCAAAAUUCUCCUUCUCCUUGACAAUGCCCCUGGACAUCCAAACACUUUAGAUGACAUGCACCCCAAUGUAAAGGUGGUAUUUCUACCCCCCAACACCACAUCACUAAUUCAGCCAAUGGAUCAGGGAGUCAUAGCCUCCUUUAAGGCCUAUUAUUUAAGGAGGACAUUCUCACAAGCUGUCAGGGCUACCCAAAAGGAUGAGAUGACAAGAGAGUUAGCUGAUGCUUUUUAUUUUAUUGAAGCGGGAAUGGCAAAGUUAGAGGAGCAAGAUCCUGAUACAGAGAGGUUUGAAAAAGUUUACCGUACAGUUACCGAAGGUCUGAGAUGCUAUGGGGCUAUUUAUGAUGAGGAAAAAAAAAGCUUUGUCUGCACAAAAUGA